UGGUAUUACUAAUCCGCAUCAAGUAGGGUCAUAUAUCUUGUGUUCAAACUCACAAAUUCACAAAUUCAACAGCGAUUUUGUCGGGUUUUGUUUUUUUAAGCAAUGCUGGGUACUAAAGCGCUCUUCACUUUCCUCACAAGAAAAGACGUCAGAAGAAUUCUAAAGCGCAAAGAUAGUGAUGCUGGUGAAAGAGGAAGAGCAAUGGACGAACUACGCGCUUCUUUAUUUAGCAAGUUUCGCCGCCAGCACCAAUCCUUGUUGGGGCCCACUUUCGCUCUAACAUUCAACUUCAUUGUAUCCGUCAGUAUUAUUUUGAUGAACAAAUUGGUACUUGUUAAAGUCGGGUUCAAUUAUCCGAUCUUUCUCACUUUCAUCCACUACAUUAUUAGCUGGUUCAUAAUGGGCCUCUUAAAGGCUUUAUCUCUCCUUCCUCCACCUCCAUCUUCAAAGUCGACCAGAUUUUCUUCGUUGCUCGGUCUCGGUAUAGUUAUGUCUCUGUCUACCGGUCUGGCUAAUGUUAGUUUGAAGUAUAAUAGUGUUGGUUUUUAUCAGAUGGCUAAGAUCGCAGUAACCCCGGCUAUUGUUUUAGCAGAGUUCAUGCUCUAUCGCAAAAGAAUAUCUUUCCGAAAGGUGCUCGCACUUACGGUAGUGUCGGUUGGUGUUGCGGUUGCUACAGUGACCGACUUGCAAUUCCACUUUUUCGGUGCGUGUAUCGCAGUGGCGUGGAUUAUACCGAGUGCAACUAAUAAGAUACUGUGGUCAAACCUUCAACAACAAGAGAGCUGGAAUGCAUUGGCGUUGAUGUGGAAGACUACACCGAUCACUGUGUUUUUUCUAGUGAUGAUGAUGCCGUCGCUUGAUCCACCUGGCGUUCUUUCAUUCGACUGGAGCUUUUACAAUUCCUCAAUUAUCGCAGCUUCUGCUGUCCUCGGUUUCUUACUUCAAUGGUCUGGAGCUCUAGCACUCGGGGAAACAUCGGCAACGACUCAUGUUGUUCUCGGGCAGUUCAAAACAUGUGUCAUCCUUCUCGGAGGUUUCAUCAUGUUUGGUUCGAACCCAGGAUCAACGAGCAUCUGUGGUGCAGUCACGGCCCUAGCCGGCAUGUCGUUUUACACUCACCUGAACUUGAGGCCGCAACAGCAGUCGUUAAAAGCGUCGAUCAGACAAUCAUCGUUACCGAAGUCUAAGCUUAGCAAAGAAAACGGAGACAUGCAUGAUCAUGCCAACCAUGGAGAUGAAUCGGUGUAAUGAACGCGUACACAUAGGAGAAAAGGAGUUAAUAACCUUAAUUGUUUGGAUUCAUUUGUUUACAACUGGUUUUUUUGGUUGUUUUUUUUAUGGUUUGGAUAGCUUUAGGCGUGUAAAUCGGGUUUGCUUAGAUAUGGCUAGUUAGCUACUGUUCAUGGUUGGUUUUAGUUCGACUUGAACCGGAUCGUCGAAAACUUUGGCGAAUACGAGUAGCUGUUGAUGUAUUUCAUGUGAACAGGAUGGUCUCCUUGCUUUAAUUCUUUAACUUUUAAAUCUU